AUUGUGACGCUGCUGAUAGUCAGGCUGUUGCUGGUUGCCCGGCCGGAGACGCCAUUGCUGUUUGAAAAGCGAAAGCUGCGAGGGGCUGAAGGAGAGGCGCCACACAAAAACAGGGCGGCUUCACCCCCGCCGUUCUGGAGCUUUUGAUCUUUUCUGAUAAAAAGGUUCGAUUGAUUGGGCUACCCUUCCUCUUCCCCCCCCCCCCCCUUUUGAAGAAGCCGAAGCGCGGAGGUCGGCGGGGUUCCCCAGAGCGGUCGGACGUUGUUGCCUUGUUGCCCUGCCCUCCCCCUUUGGGUUUGAGUCCGGUUACAAGCGAACGUGGUGUUGGCGGAUCAUGGCGUGUGGGGCCACUCUGAAACGAAGCGUCGAGUUUGAUGCGCUGCUCAGCCCUCAGUCUCAGUCUCCCAAGCGGAGGAGGUGUAUGCCUUUAACAGGGCCCGGCGCUGGGGCACCAUCACCCCAGAAGUACCUGAAGACAGAGCCGGCGGCCUUUGGCGGAGAGAGCUCAUCAGCACAUCGGCUCACACCAGAACAGAUAUUUCAGAACAUCAAGCAAGAAUAUAGCCGCUUCCAAUGGAGGAGACAGUUAGAAGGAAGUUUUAAUCAAAGUGAGACAAACAGUUCUGCUGAGGGAUCAUCUAAUACAUUGUUACUAAACGCACCAAGCUCACCAGGGACGUUAUCUAAGAAAGAUCAGCCUUUGUUCACAUUACGACAGGUUGGAAUAAUCUGUGAGCGCCUGCUUAAAGACCAUGAAAGCAAGAUCCGGGAGGAAUAUGAACAAGUUCUAAACACGAAACUUGCAGAACAAUAUGAUGCUUUUGUGAAAUUCACACAUGACCAGAUUAUGAGACGAUAUGGAGAACGACCUGCUAGUUAUGUGUCCUGAAGCAUUUUGUGAUUGAACGGGUGUUGGCUUUCACCUCAAGUCAGCUGCUGUACUUAUGAGAACUAAUUUUGGUGCCAUGUUUUACCCACCUUCUACUUGAGGGAUUUUAACUCUUCACUGCUGGCCCACCCUACCUCUUGUAAAAAUGAAACAAAAACAAAAAAAAAUCUGACUUUACCAGUCAAUGUGCUAUCAGUACAGAGAUUUGUCUACUUUCCACUGCUAACUCUGCUACUGUGAGAAUAACCUGCCAUUUAUUUCCAGUUCAAGAAGCUGAAUACCAAGCAACAGUUAAUCUGCGUUAAGAAGUGGCACUGAAUAUGGGAUUGUUACCGUGCAAACCUUUUGAAAGGAUUAAAGUUCUGUCACAAGUGAUUAAUCUGAAUUUUGAACGUCAUUAAAGUAGAAAUUUCAGUUUCUCUGUAUUGAUCUGAAAAAUACAGUGCACUACAGUAAUAUUGCAGAAAUCUCCAUUUCUUGUAGAAUAGAUUUUAUUUUUUUUUUAUUUAGUGGAGCAUUGUUACCUGUCAGCUAAAAACAUCUGUAACACUGCUACUUUGCAGUAAUUGGGAUGUGCAUAUCAAAAGUUUGAAUUGGAGACUUGCAAAUGGCACAUAAAACCCAUAGAUGAUCUGAAGCAGAAAAUGACUGAGCCAAGAAUAUAAACAUUCAUGGUUCACGGGUCAGACCAUAUAUGAAUUCUAUACAUUUGGAAGUCACUAUAUAGUGCUAAUAAUUUUUUGUCUCAAAUUAGAUGUCUUGGAAGGGCAUUGGAUGGUUUGUCAGGGACUUGUUUGUACUAAAUUUAUUUCCUGAAAAUGGAAAAGCCAGUAAUCAUUUGUGAAAUGGUACAAAGGGUUAAAAUGGGCUAAAUGGCCUUAAAUAUUCCUGUGUUUUUGGUUUGAACUCAGUUUUGUAGAGUUGUCUGUUGAAACAAUAGUGAUAAUUUUUACCUGUUGUACCAGAAAUUUUAGAUUGGCUUUCGAUCUUAUUUGCCAACUUUUGGAUAUGUCUGCAACAUUAUUUGAGCUGGCUUUUUAAAGGUUGUUGCCCAAAUUACAUUUUCUGAUAUAAAAUGCUUCUAACUCAUUAACUGUAGAUAUUGAUCUUUAGCUCAGCCAAUUGUGUAUGAUCACAAAAUGGAUUAGAUCAUGAGCUGACUUUCAGGAAACUGGUCUGUUUGGAGAAAAUUGGCUUGUGCAGGACUCUUAAUUUGCAUACCCAAUCAGACUGAACUCUGUCCAGCUGUUUUUGAUAUUCUAUAGCCAGACUACAGUAUCAACAGUAUAGAUCGUCACUAUCAGGUUAACAGGUUACAAAUGUACAAGGACAAACAGUGGCAUUAUUUGAUCCAUCAUUGUGUUAUGACCAUUCUGUUUUCACAAUGUGCAGGAAUAACAGGGUUUGUUCAGCAGUUAGAAUGAAUUGCAAUGAAUGUUUUUUUUUAAGCAUACCUAACCAAAAAGUGCAACUUUUACCUUGCUCUUUGUACGUUUCUUGCCCUAUGUAGUGCUAACAAGCUUAGUUUAAAAAGAAAUAAAAAAUUGACCUAAAUAGACAUCUUUUAUAUCCUAUUUUAAUUCAAACACUUGUUUGGAUUUUGCAUCUCCAAUUUAUACUGUUUGAAAAUUGAUUUGUAACCUGUAUUAGUCUUGCAUUUGCCUACUUGUGAUUAAUUGCCUACUUGUGAUUAAUUACCUACUUGUGGUUUAGUUGACUUGUGUUAAUAAAUCUAGAGUGGCCUUAUGAAAACAACUGGAUGGUAAAAAUGUCUUGGGAUUAUAACAUUGUCAGAAUUAAGGACACAGUCAAAUGAAGCUGACAUUAGUGUUGAUAAAAACCUGACUACUGUCUAGAAUAUAAGGGUUCCAAAAUGCAAUUAUGUACCCCUUUAUUAAUGAACCAACACCUUCAAAUUUUUGUGGUAUUCAUUAUAUACAGGGAAGCAGUACUACAUUAAAUUCUCGCAAGUGAAUUCAUACUCUGGAGAUGAUACUUGUCAGUUUUUUUCCUCCAGUUGUAGGCAUUUUUAAUAGCACGCAGUUACAUUAUUUGGUUGUAUAAAUCAGUAAUAAGAUGCCCUUGUGCUUAAAAUCAAUUUGGACAAAAUUACAAACUUAAGAAUUCAAAUUGCUGCAAAUUUCAUCUAGUCACAUCUGAACAUGAUAAGAUCAGUUUUGGUCUUAAGUAACAUAACUGGGUGCACAAACGCAAUGUAACAGAACUUUGGCUCUGGACAUUGAGAACAGAGAUGGCUAGAAAGCCCUACUAAAUUUGACAAAAUUAAGUUCUUCAUUAAAUAUAGUGAUCUACAGUUGAGCUAUUCAAUCACAUUUUUGGAUGUAGGGGAUGGUGAUGGGGGCAGGGGAGCUGUCAUUGUAUCAGCAUAAUUGUUUAAUAAAAGAUGCUUGUCCUUUCAAAACCUUCCAGUAUUCUGACAAUUUUCCCGACUCUCAUCUAAAGUCCUAGUUCCCCUAUUGGUUUGUUAUGUUGUGGACUGAUUCUGAAGUCAUCUUUGAUCAGAGUACAGUGUCUUUUCAGCCUGUGGUUUUAUGACUCAUUCAUUUUCACUCAAGUUCGUUUCAAGCCCUAGUUUUAAGUAAACUCCACUACCAGAGUCUUUUGUACAACUGGUACUGUAGUUAAGAACAGUGCCUUCCAUUCAACAGUUUUAUGCUGUAUAUACUUCGUCAACUCUUACAAAGAAGGUAAAAGAAAAAGUCUUCUGAACUACUUGGUCAAGGAUGAGAGAAAUCUCUCCCCUUGAAUCUCCCAUUCCAUUGAAAUGCACUAAAAAAACAUUGUAAUCUCAAAAGUUUACUGUAGAAAAGGCUAAAAUGGAGGAUAUUCAUUUAUAGAUUGGAGUGAGAUGUACUAAAUGACAUUGCUGUGAGGAAAGAUCACUAGACCAAAAUGUGAACUUUUGUUUUCUAAAUGUGAUUUGUCAGUUAAUCCUGCUAUGGGAUGAGUUGGCAAAGAGGAAUCCGAUAUAAGUGGACUAAAUUUAAACAAGUCUUGGAUGAUAGUAAAGCAUGUUCGUUUCUGUGUGUAACUGUAUUUUCAGAGGAAAGCUUUCCUACAAUCUAGUCAAUCCCGUUUUUUGAUUCUUUUACAGUUUUUUGCCUUUUUAUCUUUUCUGAGUAUUACAAAUUGAAGAGUAGGUUUAUCGAGUGGCUAGUUUGUUUUCUGGCAGUAUAGUACUAGCUAAUCCUGGUGCAGUAGAAUAUCCCGAAAAAAUUGCUGGAUAUACAUGACAAAAUAAAGUUCAAAAUUAAGACUUGUGUGGAGCUCAAUUUUUUUUAAGAUUGGAAAGUAGUUCAGUGCUUAGAACAGUUUAGUUUUGCCAUGGUGUUUGUUGCAACAUGAAUUGGAAAGCCAGAGGUCUAGAUUUUAAAUUAGCAGAGAGGACACAAAACUUGUUCUAAUCACUUGCAAACAUACUUUCAUGAAAUUCUAAAAUCGUAUUUGAUAUUCAUGUGCUUAUCUAACACAUACAAGACAGCUGGUGACAAGGCUAUUGGCACUCUGCAAAGCAAAUACUGUUCCUUGCUCAUUGAGGUAAUAUUUGCUCAUUACUGAAGUGUUCUGUGUAUUAGAUGUAUUGUUUGUGGUUAUCACAUCUCCUUUGUUUAGAAAAUUAUUUUAAUUCACCAUUAAAUGCCAUUUGUUUCAUUGAACCUCAUUAAACAAAUACAAACAUCAA